ACAGAGAAGUGAUUCUGGAAGCCAUCAAGGAACACUUACUGAGAUGCUCACGAAGAAAGCGCUGAAAAGAUGCUUAAAAGACAACCGUGAGGCCAUGUCUUUACUUGAUAGGUAGUCAGUAUACUGGCCCUCUCUGCCAUCUCUACCUACUCUGUAUUGUAUCCCUGCCGUCUUUUACAAUGCUCGCCACUCUCCAACCAAGAGCCGAUUCCGGCUUUAAACUGUACUACUAUGAUCCUUCUUUUGCUGCAGCGGUUCUGUUUGCAUUACUAUUUGGAGGCUUAUCCAUUCGCCACUUGAUUUUAUUGAUCAAGACGCGAACUUGGUGCUUCAUUCCUUUCUUUGUGGGAUGCCUCUUCGAAACUCUGGGUUACGCUGCGAGGAGCUAUUCUGCAAAGCAAACCCCCGAUUGGACUUUGAUGCCAUAUGUAGGACAAAGCAUGCUCAUCCUCUUAGGCCCGGCUUUCUAUGCCGCCUCAAUUUACAUGGUGCUUGGUCGCCUGGUCACCAACCUCGACGCAAACUCGUACUCCCUCAUCCGAGUCAAAUGGUUGACGAAAUUCUUUCUCAUGGGUGACAUUCUGUCCAUCUUCGGGCAAGGUGGAGGUGGUGGUCUCCUUGCAACUGCGAAAUCCGAAUCAUCCCAAAACAUGGGUAACAACGUCAUUCUCCUCGGCCUAGGAAUACAAGUCGUCUUCUUCGGCUUCUUCAUGAUUGUCACAACCGUCUUCCAAAUUCGAAUCACCUUGAGACCGACAACGAAAUCGUUGCAUACACAGAUUCCUUGGCAGAAGUUCAUAUGGGUUCUCUAUUUUUCGAGUUUGCUCAUCAUGGUUCGCUCCAUCUUUCGCAUGGUAGAAUAUGCGCAGGGUCACAACGGCAGCUUGAUUCAGAAGGAGAUAUACGUUUAUGUGCUGGAUGCGCUUCUCAUGACCGUGGUUUCGAUAGUCUUCUCGGUGUUUCAUCCCAGCAUAGUACUGGAGGACCAUGGGAACUUGAAGGAAGACGAAGAUUUUCCAUUGAAUGGGGCCCAUAGCUAUCCCCUGUAUGGUCACGGGAAUAUUAGCCAUGCCUAACAUGAGAUCGCGAGCUAAUAACAUCAGCAGAAUCUUCGCAUUGCAAAGCCUCUUAUAGUCAG